AUGAUUCAUCUUUUAAUUGUUAAUGAACAUGUUAAUUCAGCAUAUAUAGCUGAAUUAAAAGUUACAUUAAAUGAAUCUUAUCAAGAUUUAUUAGAAAUGAUUGAAACACGUUUACAAUCAUUAAAAGCGUCAUGGAAAUUACAUCAAUUUUUACAUAAUCGUAAAGAAAUUUUAUUAAUUAUGCAAGAACGUAAAAAUUCUAUACAAUAUGAAAUUGGUCAUGAUCAACAAAAAUUAGUUUUAUUAGCACAAUAUAUACAACGUAUACAACAAGAAUCAAAAUGUUUAAAUGAAUGUUAUGCUGAUGAAAAAGAAACAGAAAUAAAACAAAAAGAAAUGAAUGUUUUAACAUUAUGGAAAUUAUUACAACAAUUUAUUGAUCAAUAA